GACCGCAUCGAGCCUCGACGAACCUCGACGAACCCUAACUUCAUUCUCCCUUGCGCAGACAAAUAUCUCAUCCCUUUCGUCUUUCCCACUUCUUCCGUUUAACGGUUUCGUCUGUUCAUUCACUCCUUCAUCAAAUCCUCAUUAACCUCCAUUAAUGGAUCCCUUUCGCAUCCCUCACUCUGAUUUCUUUUAUAACCCCAAUCAUCCCACCAGUUUGAUUCCCCGCAAAACUAUCUUCUCUCCCGAUGAAUUCCAACAGCAAAAACUCCGCAUCCGGCGAUCUUAUCUCCAAGAAACCUAACGGGAAGGACGUUGUCUCCUCCGCCGCACCGGUCAAACCCUCCGCCGCAUCGAUGAAACCCUCCGCCGCGGCGAUGAAAAUCUCCGCCGCACCGACGAUCCCCUUCGCCGCAUCGAUGAAACCUAUUGGCCAAUCCGGUGUCUCCGGUGAUUCCUCUUCGACAAAACGUCACGGCAAGGCCGUUGUCUGCUCCGAUGUCCCCUCUGACAACAGCGAUCGCGUCGUGUUCUUCAAAGAUGUGACGUUUGGACCACAAGAACACGAGUUGAGAUUUCGACUGAUCCAUUUUUGGGAGGCAAAACACGCAUUCUCGAAGAUACUUAUGGGUCUAGAGAUGCUUCUGGUCGACGCAGAGGGCACUGUGAUUCAGGGAUUCAUCCCACCAUCAAGGAUGGACACUUAUCUACGACACAUGAAGCCCGGUUCCACCUACAGACUUACCAAUUUUUUUGGUUCUAAGACCAAGAAGGUGUACCGGGUUGCUGAUCCAGACGUGACCAUUGCGUUCUCAUGGAAGUCUGUCCUCUCCGAUCUCACAGACACUUCGGCUUGGUUUCCUGAAGACCGUUUUCGUUUCCAUGGUUAUGAACAGUUCGAAGCGGCCUGUGACCUCAAAGGGGAUCUGUAUGAUUUUAUUGGUCAUAUCAAAUUGGUGAAUGAGCAGGCUCUUAACGAGAGUUUUGUGCUUGAUGAAGUCGAGAUAGCUUCUGAUCGGCGAAUUUUGGUUCAUGUUCAGACACAUGAUGGUCCUGUGAUGAAGCUCUACAUAUGGGACAAGGUAGCAACAGCCUUUUGCGAGAAGUUUAGAUCGCUUGGAAAACCUCCGAGUGUUAUCAUGGUGACAACUGUGAAUCCUAAGCGUUUAGGAGGUGCUUUGUCUCUGUCAUCUCUAUCAUCUUCACGGGUUUUUUUUGAUACGGAUGUUCAUCAAACCAGGGAGUAUCUGGCUUGGUAUGUAUUCAUCUAUAUAUUUGCACCGUUUACGUUAAUCUACCGACUGUGUUGCUUAUUUUGUUUUUUGAACAUUUCUAGGCUUGAAUCAAACUCGGAAGUUGCUAAUAGAGUUAAUGCUGAGAUUGUCACCAAGGCUGAGACAGCUACAAUCGGUGAGCUACUCACUUACAUGAAGCAGGAAGGAGCGAAGGUUGCUUGGUUCGAGUGUACGGCCACCAUUGAUGAUGUUGUGCGUGGCUCAGCUUGGUACUACAUUGCUUGUGGUGGAUGCAAGACUAAAGCUACUAAAGGACCUACCACGCUUAUGUGUAGGAAGUGUGGAAAGACUGAGAUUAUUGGUGCUGCAGAGUAAGAAUUGUAAUUAUAUUUUUUUGUGUCAUAUAUACCAUCAACGUCCAUUAUUAAUGCGCAUUUGAAACAGGUAUCUCAGCAAGCUAUCUGUCUAUGACAACAAUGAUCAUGCGAGCUUUGUACUUCUCGGUGACGCUGGGUUUGAGUUAACUGGGAAGAAAGCAUCUGUAUUGGUUGAGAGUUACUAUGAGGUAAUCACAUACCUGUCCAUCGUUCAAUUUUUGGUUGUGUUCUAA